AUGGCAGCUGGGGAAGGUAGGGGAAGGGGAGGGCCAAAUUUAGAGUUUACACCAACAUGGGUGGCGGCCAUCGUAUGUACAAUUAUAAUCUCACUGUCUUUGGGUGUAGAAAAGAUCCUUCAUCUCCUUAGCAAGAGGUUAAAGAGGAGGAACAAGAGGUUUUUGUACAAGGCCUUGCAGAAAGUAAAACAAGAGCUGCUGCUGUUGGGAUUCAUCUCUCUGGUGCUGGCUAGGUUGCAAGACGAGAUUGUAAACAUCUGCAUUCCCAAGAACUGGGCUGUAAAGGGUCUUCCAUGUAAGAUAAACAACAAUGUUUCACAUGCAAAUAGUAUUGUUGCUCAUUUCAGUGUUAAUACUAGGCGGCAUCUUUUGGCCGAAGAAACCAACCAUAAAUCUCAUUGUGAGAAGGGAAAAGUUCCUCUUCUAUCUUAUCAAGCACUUCAUGAUCUACAUAUAUUGAUCUUUGUAUUAGCAGUAGUCCAUGUACUUGUAUGUGCUUUGACAGUCUUAUUUGGAGCAGCAAAGAUUAGGCAGUGGAGACGAUGGGAAGAAUCCAGUUUGCAAAAGAUCUAUGAUCUGGAUGAUGAUGGCAAAGUUAUUAAUGUAAAACAUGACGAUUUCAUCAAGAACCGGUUCAUGGGCAUUCAUGCUAACAAGCGAAUCUGGUUGCAUUCUUUCACCAAGCAUCUCUACAGCUCAGUGUCAGAAUCGGAUUAUGCUGCAAUGCGCAUGGGUUUUGUUUUGGCUCACUGCAGGAACAAUCCUACCUUCAAUUUUUAUGAGUACAUGAUGCAUGCUUUUGAAGCUGAUUUUGCCAAAAUAGUUUCAAUAAGCAAGUACGCUUGGGUGAUUGUAAUUAUCUCUAUGUUGCUCAACUUAGCCGGCUGGCAUACGUAUUUUUGGAUAGCAUUCCUUCCAUUCAUUCUUUUGCUCAUGGUGGGUACAAAACUGGAGCAAGUAAUUACAUUGUUAGCCACUGAAGUUGUCCGGAGGAAAUUUUGUGGUGUAGAAGACAUGAAAAUCAAACCAUCCGAUCACUACUUUUGGUUUAGCAAGCCAAAAAUUAUUCACUUAUUGAUCCACUUUAUACUCUCCUGCAAUUCUUUUGCAAUAGCAUUUUUCUUCUGGAGUUAUUCCAGAUAUGGCUUCCAUGCUUGUAGCAUGGACAGUGCUGGAUUUACUAUUCCUAGACUCAUAAUUGUUGUGUUCGUGCAGGUUCUUGGCAGUUACAGCACCCUACCACUCUACGCAAUCGUAACUCAAAUGGGUAGCUCCUACCACAAGCAGGCGAUGGAAAAUUCUGGUUCUAGCUUCAUCCAUGGUUGUUGUGUCCGGACAACAGGAACAUCUGAAUCAGCUGUUGUACCAGAAGAAACGAUCCAACCGAUGGUAGAAAAUAAUGAUGGUAUUCACAACGGACCAGUAACUAGUCCAUAACUUUCUCAUUGAUCCAUAGCACUCCUAUCAUCCGAGAAUGGAGUUUACCUGUAUUGUUCUAUGUCUGAAGUAAAAUUAUUGUUAG